CUUUGUCCACGACAAAAGAGAAAGCUUCCACAUUUCUCGGAGCAAGGCGAGCGACUUUUGGCCGACGAUCCACCUUAAUAUAUCUACCAUAUUCCUCUUGACUCUCGGUUUUGUGAGGGCUGUGGUUGUUAUUUGUGUGCCGUUGUUUGUUCUUCAUCAUGGCGGUCGUCAUCCGUUUACAGGGACUGAGUGUCACGGCAGGUUCUGUGGAUAUUCGCAGGUUCUUCACGGGCCUUCAUAUUCCAGAUGGAGGCGUGCAUAUAAUUGGUGGAGAACUAGAUGAAGCUUUCAUUAUCUUUGCUUCAGAUGAAGAUGCCAGAAGAGCCAUGGCACGGUCAGGGGGAUUCAUAAAUGGGUCACCUGUAAGAUUGCUACUAAGCAGCAAGCAAGAGAUGCAGAAUGUACUUGAAAGAACAACGCAAAAGGUGGAGCUGGAUGAGAUUAGGCGGUCUGAGGGCGAUGGAAGAACCGCUCAAAGAUCCAUGGACCCUGAGGUGGGCAGAAGAUCAAGUAGCCGAUCUGGUUACAGCCCUCCUCCCCAUCACCAACGACUGGCAGACACUGAUGACCCCUAUGUUGUGUUUCUCAACGGGUUGCCUUUCUCUGUGACUGAGAGAGAAAUACGUGAAUUUUUUCAUGGUUUACUCAUUGAUGAAAUUGUUGUGUGUAAGAAGGAUACAGGGCAAAACAAUGGAAAAGGCUUUGCCAGAUUUGCAACAAAGGAGGAUGCAUUGGAAGCCUUAAAGAGGGAUGGGAAAUAUAUUGGGUCAAGGUAUAUCGAUGUUCGCACAACAACAGCCGACUAUUGGAUACGAGCUGGUGGUAGCAUGCCAGCAGCUGUCAAGACAAUUGAGAACUUUGAAAGGGGAAGAGCACCUGUUCGCAGUCAGAGAAACCCCCAGUAUGAAGCAAGGUCUCGAUCACCUGUGUCCCAGAGACCUGUUGCUCCUACAGAUGAAGAAUACUGUGUGCUGUUGGACAAUCUGUCUUUUGCAGUGGAAAAAGGUGACUUGAAGCACCUUUUUCAGAACUCAAAGCUUGAGAAUGACCAGAUUCUGUUUCUCACUGAUGAUUAUGGCAGAAGAACCAGGUCGGCCUUUGUACUCUUCAAGAACAUACGUGACUAUUGUGAUGCUAUAAGUCAGGAGAAAAGACAUUUUCACAACCGAUGGAUUCAUGUCCGGCCUGUCUCAAGAGAGAACAUGCUCAGGCUUCUGGAAUCUCAGAAUGACCCUACUGGGUCUCCAGGAAGCUCUGAAAGGCAUCAGGAAAGAUCCUCGUCUUUCUCAACAGAUCCUUAUGACUCUGAGAAAAUCUGUGCGUUUGUGAGAAAUCUGCCAUUUGAUGUGAGAAAGGUUGAGAUAAUUGACUUUUUUCAUGGGUUUAAUGUCACAGAGGACAGGGUACGGGUUCUGCAUGAUCAUAAAGGUAAUGGGGUCGGACAGGCUCUGGUUCUCUUUGGGUCUGAGGCAGAGGCCAUGGAGGCACUUUCUCUCAAUGGACGGCGGUUUCUGGGGUCUGAAGUUGGAGUGAAGUGUGUUACACGUGCUCAGAUGGAUCAGUUGACUGCAGAGCCACCAUCAAUGCAAGAGGUCUUGCCAAAAGAGGGGCACUUCUCAGGCAGGAACAAUGAGCCUUUCUGUGGACCUAGUAAUGACACUUCCUUCCUUGAUACAAGGAAACCCAGGGAUGGUAAUUUGUCUAUUAAAGAGGAACGCAUCCAUGGAGGUCAGGACUAUGGAUAUCGUGGGGUAAGACCUCGUUCUCCGCGGGAUAGGGGCAAUGGAGGACAUGGGAGGUUUGGUCCACCUGGUCAACGCUGUGAUGGUCCCACCUGUGUGCAGUUAAUUAACUUACCAUUCCAAAUUAGAAGUGAGGAAGUCUAUGAUUUCUGCUAUGGAUAUCGCAUCAUACCUGGAUCUGUCUCACUUCAGUAUGAGCCCAGCGGAAAACCGAAAGGCUCUGCCACUUUGGUGUUUGAGUCUCGUCAGGAAGCUUUAACUGCAAUUGAGGAACUGAACGGGAGGCCGAUUGGUCCAAGAAAAAUACAGCUUUUACUUGUUUGAAAUACAUUUGUGCGUUCACAUUUAAGACACAGUAACAGGCACAACUUUCAGUUUGUUUAUUUGGAAAGCUGGCAAUGUGGUAUAUAGCUCUUGUAUGAUUUCUUUUUCUUAAGUGAAUUUUUAUGUUUACUAGGAAGUAUUGUUGAGUUUAUUUUGGGUUUUCUAUUGAAUGGUUGGUGCUUUUCUUUUCAAAAAGUACUUCAGUAAGUUUUGAAACACAAUUUGGAACAUGUACAUGUCAUACAUUGUUUUUAAAAUUAAAAACAAUUGAUUCA